AAUUGUGAAAGGUGAUGGCGCGUGAGUAACAUUAACAUAACACAAUUGUGAUCCAAAAACCCGCCCACAAUUCCCCAUAUCAUGUCGUGUUCAUGUCCUUGUUCUUUUUCCUUUUCCUUUUCCUUUUCAACAGGUUUCUGAAAGUGGUUGCGUUGCCAUUUACUUCGCUUCUCAACGCACGGAAAACCACCCCUUUCAUCCCUUCGCAUUCUUCACACCUCUACCAAUGGGUGACAUGUACCACUUCGACAAGAACCUCUCUUCGCAGGACGAAAUCUCUCUUUUCCUGCGUCAGAUUCUCCUCCGUUCAUCACCUUCUUCUUCUUCUUCUUCCCACUUCAUGCCCGGAUCCAACGCUCCUCACCAUAACCUAAAUGCACACCCUUCUUUCUCGCCCUCACCGCUCCAAGAUGGAAAGAUCCCAGCCCUUGAUUCCACCGCUUCCUUUGCUAUCAAGCCUCUGCAUGUUUCUGCUGCAAAUGUGUCUUCUUCACCUGUUGGAGUCAGUGAGAACGAAAAUGAUGACUAUGACUGUGAAAGUGAGGAGGGUGUUGAUGCUUUGGCCGAAGAAGUUCCAACAAAGCCUGCUCCUUCCAGGAGUUCAUCUAAAAGAUCAAGAGCUGCAGAAGUUCAUAAUUUGUCUGAGAAGCGAAGAAGGAGUAGGAUCAACGAGAAAAUGAAGGCUUUGCAAAAUCUAAUUCCCAAUUCUAACAAGACGGAUAAGGCUUCAAUGCUCGAUGAAGCUAUUGAGUACCUUAAACAGCUUCAGCUACAAGUGCAGAUGCUGUCGAUGAGAAAUGGAUUGAGUUUGCAUCCUAUGUGCUAUCCUGAAGGCUUGCAGUUAUCUCAGAUGAGUAUGGAAUUAAGUGAAAGAAACAGGUCUACCCCUCUAAACAUGACAGCUACUCUGCCUCUGCACCAAGAGAACCCUUUGCACUAUGCAUCCAAUCUACCUAACAAACACGCUGUGCCAAAUCAGCCAUCAGCGCCCUAUCCUCCAUACAUUAACAACUCAGAAACUUCUUUCGGGCUGGAAUCCCGAAUCCAACCAGAUAUAAAACCUCUUCAACACAAAGGAACUUCUGAGCCUAUACGAGGGGAAGACCUUUUGCAUUACCAGCAAUCAAGUGCUAUCCAUUCAGAUGCCAAUACUUUAGUUGGCUCCCAAGUUGUGAAAGAAUUCGAGUCAGGCACUACAGCAUCACUCUCUUUUGACACGCAAACAUGUGAUCCUAAGGGCAACAACUCUUUGCACACAUGCAUUGGAGGAAGAGAUCAGUCAGGAGUGGUCAUAAGAAAUAGUGAGGCCAACAUUGUUGUUACAUCACAGUUAAGUAGGUAACUGGUAUGUAUAUAUGAUGCUUAAGUAGCAUAUGUGAAAUGUAUGUUCAUGCAUGCAAAAACAUGCUUUAGAAGCUUUUCAGCAGAGUGAGUGCAGAGGGGAGAAAGUGGACACAAUGGUAACUCGAAGACCGAAAAGUGAGAUUUUUGAAGUUUAGCAGUCUUGAAAAUGCUUUUUGAAUUUUGGUUUCCGCGUAAAAGCAGCAUUUUGUUGUAAUGUAGUGUUCUCAAAAAGCCUCUGGACAUGGGAGCAGAAAUUAUUUGUAGCUUCUGCUGAUAAAAGUAUUAUGUAUAAUUUAUGCAGAAAGAACUGCCAAUUGUUGUACGGAGUAUAAACGACUCACGACUGUAAAAUCUCCUAUGAUGAUUUCAAGAUCACGAUAAAAACUAAA